AUGAACGGCAAUGGCUGUCACCACCAGGAUCCCGAAGUGUGGAAGAGAGCCCCGAUACUGACGGGAUCCACCAACUUCGAACCCCGUCCGGAUGUCAAGAACAUCAUGGUCACCGGGGGUGCAGGGUUCAUAGCAUGCUGGCUGGUACGGCAUCUUGUGCUCAACUACUCCCAGGCGUACAACAUAGUUUCCUUUGACAAGCUGGACUACUGCGCGGCUCUCAACAACACCAGGAUCCUAGAUAAUGAACCCAACUUCUCGUUCUACAAGGGGGACAUCACGCACCCGAACGAGGUGCUGGACUGCAUGGAGCAGCACAACGUUGAUACGGUGUUGCAUUUUGCCGCGCAGUCUCAUGUCGAUCUGAGUUUUGGUAACUCGUAUGGAUUUACGCAUACGAAUGUCUAUGGCACACACGUGCUGCUCGAGAGUGCCAAGAAGGUUGGCAUCAAGCGUUUCAUCCAUAUUUCGACGGAUGAGGUGUACGGCGAGGUCAAGGAGGACGAGGAUGACCUGCUCGAAUCUAGCAUCCUGGCACCCACCAACCCUUACGCAGCCAGUAAGGCGGCCGCCGAGAUGCUGGUGCAGUCGUAUCAGAAGAGCUUCAACUUACCCAUCAUCAUUGUGCGGAGCAAUAACGUCUACGGUCCUCAUCAGUACCCUGAGAAAAUCAUACCCAAGUUUACCUGCUUGCUGAAUAGAGGCCAGCCUGUAGUACUCCAUGGAGACGGCAGGCCAACCAGACGAUACUUGUUCGCUGGCGACGCCGCGGAUGCCUUCGAUACUAUCCUGCACAAGGGUCACAUCGGCCAAAUUUACAAUGUGGGCUCCCACGACGAGGUGUCCAACCUGGACCUCUGCGGCAUGAUCCUGUCGGCCAUGGCCAUCGACCACGCAACGCCAGAGCAGUGGCGGCGGUGGGUCAAGUACACCCAUGACCGACCCUACAACGAUCGACGGUACGCCGUCGACGGGUCCAAGCUGAAGAAGCUCGGCUGGACGCAGAAGACCAACAUCAAGGAGGGGCUCGCCAUGACGGUCGAGUGGUACAGGGAGUUUGGGGAGUCGUGGUGGGGGGACAUUGGGCACGUCCUGACGCCGUUCCCCGUCGUCAGCGAGGACGGGGAGGUGGUGCCCGACUUCGACCACCUGAUCCGCGACGAGCCCCCGACCCCGCCCAGGGAAGCCUAUGACGAGAAUAUGCAGCACCGGCCGGAGAAUGGCCGCGGGAAUGGGCACUGA